UCUGUUAAAGUGAAACUAAAUGAACAACAAUCUGGGUUGGUUUUAAGGUUUUUAAUAAAGAAUAAGCUUAUGUAUUUAUAUGACGUGCCAAGACGAAUGUGAACACAGCUGAUACUCAGAUACAAAGAGAAGAAGAGCAAUGGCAGAAUUUUUACCAACUUCACCAAGUCAAACCAGGAGACAACGUAUGGAUAAACCUCCAUCUAUGUCCUCCUCCAGUGGUCCUCUGGCUGAGGAGCUUCAGUGUUCAGUGUGUCUGGAAGUGUUCACUGAUCCAGUCAGCACUCCAUGUGGACACAACUUCUGUAAGAGCUGCUUGAACCAGUGCUGGGACAACAGUCAGAAGUGCUACUGUCCAUUCUGUAAAGAAACAUUCAGUAAAAAGACCCGACCUCAAGAUCAACACUUAGAAAGUAAAUCUGAAGUUCUCUGUGACAUCUGUGAUGAAAGAAGGCUGAAAGCCCUGAAAUCCUGUCUGCUGUGUCAGGCAUCUUACUGUAAAACUCACCUGGAUCUUCAUCAGAGAGUCCUGAGCUUAAAGAAACACAAACUGAUGGACCCUGUGAAGAAUAUGAAGGACUAUAUAUGCCAGAAACACGAGAGACCUCUGGAGCUGUUCUGUAGAGAUGAUCAGACGUAUGUGUGUGUGUUUUGCACUGAUGGAGACCACAAGACUCACAACACUGUUCCUCUAGAGGAGGAGAGUAAAGAGAAGAAGAAAUGGAAAAUACAUGUUAAGAAAAGUGAUAAAAUGCUGAACACUGAUGUGAGUGUGGAGACUCUGAGGAGAGCUCUGACUCAACUGCAGGAAACUUUAGACCAGAAACUCAGUCAAACUGUGUUGAUGAGGAUGCAGCAGUAUGCAGUGGAUGUGACUCUGGAUCCUGAUACAGCUCAUCCAUAUGUCAUCCUGUCUGAUGAUGGGAAACAAGUGAUACACGGAGACAUUAAACAAAAGCUCCCAAACAACCAAAAGAGGUUUGAUCACUGCACCUGUGUCCUGGGAAAAGAUGGAUUCUCCUCAGGGAGAUUUUAUUUUGAGGUGCAGGUGAAUGAAAAGACUAAGUGGGAUUUAGGAGUGGCCAAAGAAUCUAUUAACAGGAAGGGAAAGGUCACUGUGAGUCCUCAGGAUGGAUUCUGGGUUUUGGGUCUGUGGAAUGAGAAUGAAUAUUGGGCUUGUACUGAUUCCUAUGUCCUACUGUCUCUGAGAGUGAAACCACAGAAGGUGGGGGUGUUUGUGGAUUAUGAGGAGGGUCUGGUCUCCUUCUAUAAUGUGGAGUCCAAAUCUCAUAUCUACUCCUUCACUGGUCAGUCUUUCACUGAGAAACUGUAUCCUUUAUUCAGCCCAUGUCGUAAUGAAAAAGGUACAAAUUCAGCCCCUUUGAUUAUCUCAUCGUUUAAUAGCAAUGAAUGAAUUCACACAUUUUCAUAAUUUGGAAAAACAUAGAUGUAGGGGCAUAAUGUUAUUUGUUCCUUCUGAAUUUGUUUAUUUUUUAGGACUGCAAAAAGU